ACCUUCCUGAACCAAAUGUAAAAACUUUGCCCCAUUUAUCCAGUAAAACACCAUGCUCUCUACCAGUCUGCAUAUCAACAAUGUCUUUAUUAUCAAACUCUAGACGUUCUGGAAUGCUGUAUAAACAACCUUUUUCUGUGUAUGCUGCAUUUAACUUGGAAUAAGAGCUAAUAUUUUUGAUUACAUCUUCGCUAUCAACAAAUUUUGGUAAUUGCCUUACAACAAAAUCAUCGAAUGAAACUUUAAAUAUGUCUCCACAGCUGUUCAAUAUUUGUAUAGCAUUAUUAGAGUUAUCUGACACAGUUAUUUUCUUUAUUUUGCCAACACCUGUAAGGUCUAUUUGAUCUUUGUCAACUAAAUUACAAUUUAGGUAUAGUUUAUCAUUUAUUAGGGCUACUGAAAAAGUGUGGCUUAACUGAAAAUAAUUGAUAGAGUCACUAUCCAGAGUGGUGCAAAAUCUCUCCACAGUGUGGCCCUCAGCAUUGAGCUGAUUGCAGAAGUUGAACCCUUUGCACAAUAUCCGCAUUGUUGGAUGAUAGAUACCACUGGUGAUUGGUGAAAUUAACUCUGAUCACCAACUGUUCUAAUUUGUUGUAUAAUUCAAUCCCUGUUCAUCAAAGAAAGUUGAAAAACACAAUGAAAACAAACACAAACAGCUGGUGAUCGGGAUUAUCGGUUUCCUUAAAGGCCCGCCUAGAGUACUCUGUUGUGCUCAGCUGCGUCACUCCCGAGUAUCUUUCUGCGUUCUGGUUUGUUCACGUUUCCUCGCCCAACUGUGCUCCAACUUAUUAAUUCACUUCACAACAGAAGUUUAUUGAUUUUAUUGUGCGAUAGUGCGGAUUUAAUUUUUGUGCGUCUUUUUCUAAACAACACCGACAGUGCUUUGCUAUUGAUCAUAAUUUGAAUUUCUAGACAGAUUAGCUAUAUAAAUUAACCAUUCUCACGGCCAAAUGGGACUAUUAUCAAUUUUGAGAAAACUGACUUCCACGCCAGAACGAGAACUCAGGUUACUUCUUCUAGGCUUAGAUAAUGCAGGUAAAACGACCAUACUGAAAAUCUUGGCUUCCGAAGACAUAACCAGUAUUACCCCAACUGCAGGGUUCAAUAUCAAAUCUGUGAUAAGCGACGGGUUUAAAUUGAAUGUUUGGGAUAUUGGUGGCCAAAGAAAAAUUAGGCCCUAUUGGAAAAAUUAUUUUGAAAAUACUGACAUUUUGAUAUACGUUGUUGAUUCAGCAGACAAGAAGCGUUUAGAAGAAACAGGAAUAGAACUUUAUGAAUUACUGAGCGACGACAAACUGAAUAACGUGCCUCUCUUGGUAUAUGCCAACAAACAGGAUUUACCCGAUUCGUUAUCGGCCUCAGAUUUAGCCCAGGCACUUAAUUUGCCAUCCAUCAAAGAUAGAACAUGGCAAAUUCAAGCAUGCACAGCUGCUCAAGGUAUUGGCGUGCGCGAAGGAAUGGAAUGGGUGUGCAAGAGUAUCAAGAAAAAGUAGUAGUAAUUAUAAAUAUAUAUGUUACUAUUUGGCUGGGGCUAAAUUUGAAUAAAUGGUCCAGACACUACGUCCCCACUGGAACUUAUAUAGACUGUCCGCUUUAAGAACUUGCUACCCUUGUCCCCAAGCCUUGUACCCUCCAUUUAUUCAAUUUAUUGACCUAUGUAAUUGAACUGGUUUCUGUUAAUAAAUGCCUUCAACAAGUGGGUAACUUUAUUUUUGGGCUGUAAUCAGGGCAAAUUCCAAUGCUUACUAUGAUGAAUUCGGCUUUAAGGUCAGUUAAUCCUAACCAUUUUUAUUAUUUGGGGAUUGAGCAAGAAAAAAAAAUCAAUUUUUCGAGAAAAAAAAAUGGUAUGACGACAUAAUUCUAUUAAGGGUCACUUGAAACCUUCCAGUACAAAUUUUCAUUGUACGUAAAUACAAAUUGAAAAUAAUAUUGGUUAUUGAAAAUUCUGAAUGUGCAAUUCGUUUUUUCUCAGCAAAUUAUCAAAACUUGAGGCUAAGAAAGUGUUCUACAGCUCUAAAAUAAAAUUACCCUUUUGCUGUGGAUGCAUAUUGAAUACAUAUCUAACAAAAAGAAAAUUAGCGAGUCCUUAUCGCGGACACCCUGUAUAUGUAAAUAUAUCACAGGUACUACCUAACUAAAGUUAAACAAAAAAAAUAUACCAGGUGUCCCACUAAGGUCGGCCAGGUACGAUAUUAUGGAAACCAUAGACCUUACGGCGUCGGGAUUUUUUUUUUCUUCACUAAAUCGGCCAAGAGAAAUUUAUGGAAAUUAUUUUCAAGUUUCUAGGAUGACCGCUAGGGGGCGCAAUUACGAUGAUAUAUCUAAAAAUUCAACUUUUCUCAAGAAAUCGCUAUAUUAAGAUACUGUUUUAACAACAGAAAUCAAAAGUUCAUUAAUAUUUGCGCCAGUUUGGUUAUUAGGCUUUUUUUCGUAUCUUCAGUAAUAAGGGUGGGGGAAGCUGGUGAAUUUUUUUUUUAGAAAUUGCUGUAUCUUCCAUACCCCUCAUUCAAACUCAUUCAAUUUGGGUCUAUUUGGAAGAGAAUUUCAUUGUUAUUAAGAACACCACUUCGUUCGAGGUCGAUAGUUCCCACCGCGUCUGCUAGAGGGCGCUGUUUAUUCAAGAUCCAGUUUUUCCUAAUUUUCAUGAAAAAUCCAAAUGGCAUAAUAUUAUUUUUGUAUUGCUGUGCUUAAAGAGCAAAAAAAUAUCUACAUUUUGGCGCAAACCGCAAUUCAAUAUCUGCAUUCGUUUUCAAGUUACGUGAGGUCUAUGGUCUCCAUAAUAUCGUACCUGGCCGACCUUAGUGGGACACCCGGUAUAUAAAUGAAUUUUAGAGUACCUACUUCAUAAAAUUCCUAUGAAGUUAGGUUUAAUCAAAGAUAUAACUCCACUUUUAUACAUUUGUACUUUUCCUGUAUACUAACAAAAAUAUUUUAGAUUAGGUACUUAGAUCUUUACUUGUGAAUCAUAGUAAAAUGCAUUAGUGCGAAGACACCCUCAUAUAGGGAUAGAUUAGAGAAUAUAUAGAACAUAAUUCUGUGUCAAAAAAUUAGAUAAAUAAAUAUGUAGCUCACUAGAAUCUUGAAACAUUUUCCUUUUAUAGAUUCAUAGCCGAAAAUCAUCUUGCAGUUCACUAAAAAAUUUUGGAAUUUAUUUAAAAAGGUGAAUUGGAGGUCUGCUUAUUGUAGGCACACCUAUAUAGGCGAAUUCAAACAAAAAGAAAACUAGUGUAGGUAGUUACAAGAGCGCUGAAUAAUACAUUCUUUAUAAUUCUCUAUAUUACAUUAGCUACUCUCAGGCUCUCGCAUCGGAGUUACUUUACUUUCCUCUCCUAUGAUAACCACUGGUAGAUACCCCAUCCUCCACUAAGAAUUUUCAUCUACAAAGUUAAACCUUUCUAAUAAAUUUACAGUAUGUUAGAAUUAAGUGGCAUGCAGACAUUAAUUAAACUUGAUGAAACAUUUCCUUGCCCCGACUAGGAUUUGAACCUUGGACCCUCUCAUAUCCAGUGCCAUUAUAGCCAACUGAGCUACCGAAACCUGUCUCAUUUCUACCUAGUCGGUCAAGUCUCAUCAAUUUUAAAUUGUAAGUUGUGGAGACCAACAGCAAUUGGCAACCUUCGGCGGUUACCAUUGGUAUGGGAGUGAAUUAGUGAAAUUCUAAUAAAAUUUUAUAAGAUCUCUGAAAUUUUAAACAAAAAACCAUUAGGAGGACAUCAUAAAAUCAUAACAUUAUUAGAAUAAUUUUAAACUUUUGUUUAUUUUUUACAACCUUAUAGAUAGGUACAUAUUAAUUUUUUUUUAUAAAAUCUGUCGAAUGUCAUUAGACAAAACUUUUGUUAUUUGGCAUUUUGUUAGGAACCAGCGUUUUGAACUUGAAUUCAGGCCACGUUUUGUAUAAAAUUAGGAAAUAGAUUGACAAAAUUAGAAUGUAUGCAAUCUAAUAAUUCAAAUGAAUAUAGUUAUUUAUUGUACCAAGUCAGUUUAUAAAUCACUACUGACUACUGAGUUAUUUGUCCUGGUUUACUUGUUUAUAAUGAAAUAAAUAAUUGCACUAUUAAGUGCUAGAAAAAAUAUAUUUUGAAUGAUUUUUUUAGCAGCAAUGUUAACUCAAAAUUAAUAACACAUGAAGUGGUUCAUUCAGAAGAGUUCUCAUAAAUUAGGUUGUGGAAUAUAAUACCUGAAAGUCUGGAAUAAAUAUUCUCUUUCGAGCAAAAAUGCAAAAAUUUAGAUCGACUUCUUAUGUAGCUAUGGAUUUUUUUACUGAUUUAAAGGAAAACCUUGCUUUUUCCAUUGGAUUUUCUAAAAUUAGACAAUGCCCUGAAAACUGAAACACUAUUAUAGUAAAAUGGAAGCUUUUUAAGGGACGGUGUUUAGAUUAAGUGUCAGUUUAGUGAAACCAUUUGUUCCAAAUAUUCCACUUCAGUUACUUGAAAGUAUUUAUUAUUGGAGAUUCCUUAUAAAUUACCCACUAUUAAAAAGUAAGGUUUAGUAUAUAAAAUAUAAAAAUAUGUAUAUAAUAUCACUUGGCAUUAGCAGGCAGCAAUUAGUUAAGGGUCAUCGAUUACCAAAAAAAAAAAUUGUUAGAAUUAACAAUUUGCCUAAUGGAAAUUUUAUAUAAAAAUUCCUAUAACUCGUCAUGUUGAUUUUCACGUUCCUCCAAAAGGGCUUUAACUUGUUUUAUAAUAGCAUUGGCUUCUUGGCUGCCAAUAUUAACAUAUUCAGUAGGCGAAAAAUAAAGUCUUACUGUAGGAUACCCAACAACUCUUUGAUAACCACAAAAUAUCCGAUUAGUUUCACAAUCAAUUUUACCAGAGCGUACUUUGCCGUCUAACCUCUAAAAUCAUAUAAAAUAAAUUGUUUUUUUAUGCAGCAUUAGAGGGAAAAUUAAAAUACCUGAGCUGCAUUCCGAAACUCUGGUUCAAAAUUUACACAAUGUCCGCACCAAGGUGCAUAGAAAUCUAUUAGCCAAGGUAAGUAAAAUUUCUUUUUCAGAAUUUGUUCUUUAAAAUCUAGCUCGGACAAAUCCUCAACUUUAGAAGGCAGAAAACUAAGGACCCACCUUUUAAGCGAUAUAGCAUCUCUUUGACCAUUGUAUA